AUGCCCCGCCGCGUAACAAAAACCAAAACCUUUGCCGGAUGCUGGACAUGUCGUCGCCGCAAGGUAAAAUGCGAUAGUCGCCGGCCGCUGUGUCGUCGCUGUGGGGAUUCGUGCGAGGGCUACGCUGUCGCGCUGCAUUGGAUUGGCGGGGAAGAUGAGCGGCCCUGCGAGGUUAAGCGCAAGGCGAUGCUUAUUUAUGAUCCUCGGCUGCCGGUGCAUGCCGAUCUUGAAGAGGUUGACCGCAUGUUAGAUGAGCUCGAGGCGAUUGUGAAUCUUGUCGGCGAGGGCGCUGUCGGUGCGUUCUCGGCUUUUGCAUAUGACUGUGUGCUGGGGGAUGGCCGCAGGAAUGACAGUCCCAGGAUAUUAGAGGAAAGUCUGGAUGAUAUGCAGCUGGAACUAGUUGGAGGGCAGGUAAUGUGUUUGCCAUCGGAGCUCUCAGUCCAUGUCGAGCCGGCAAUGACGGAAUUAAUGCACAACUAUAUCCAUGUCGUCGCCGAUCUGCUGCAGCCAACGCACCACAGUCAGAAUCCGUACCGGUCUCUGUAUGUCCCGAAAGCGAUGGACGCUGCGGCGGCCUUGCUACUAGUCGGUGUGAGUGGGACGCCUUCGCAUGUUGGUACGGCGCUGCUGCAUGCUCUGCUGGCUGUCUCAGCCUUUCAUAUGCACCGGCACUGUCCAAGUGAGUCGCGGUAUAACCAGGGACGAUUACAUCGGUUGAAGGCAAUCGAGAGCUUGCAAUUAUCGAUUACUGAGGGGAAUAUCGACUUCCACACUACCAUGUCGGCUAUGCUGUCCAUGGUUUCAAUAGAUCUCAUGGAAGGGAGCAUGUCGGAUUUCUGGAUCCACCUGGAUGGCUGCGAGAAGCUGCUUUCAGUAGUCAAGCAGAAUCGAUCCCCAGGUACUGAUCAGCUGUUAACGAUUUGCUCGUUCAUGGGCACUCUAUCUCGCUCCACCGAUCCAUAUCUACCGCCAAAACCCUGGAAGGGGGAUCCAGUGACGAUCGAGGGCUUAUUGGCAAAGUCUCCAUUCUUCCCUGAUAAUCAUAGUCUAGAAUUCACAUAUGGCAUUACUGCCACAUUAGCGAGCUACAUGGACCUUACCAUCUGCCUAUCACAGCACCUCUGCUACUACACCACAAACUACAUCCCAAUUCCUGACUCUUUGGAAAGAGCAAUCUCAACAACCCACAACGCCUUAACAUCCUGGUCCAUCACAGACGAACCUCUAAGUUCGGUUCCUCCCGACGACACAGAAACACUCUCCCUCCUCCGCUGCCACAUCCUCGCCUUCCACGCCGCCCUCGUCAUCCACUUCUACACCCUAACGAACUGGGACCCCGCAGUACGAACUGGAGCAGACUACAACCACAUCUGCGUAACGAACCUCCUCGCAGCUGAAACCUUGAAGUCCUCCGUCAGCACCCGCAGCGGAUGGAACGCCAUGGCCCCCAUUGUCUGGCCGGGAUUUAUUGCAGCUUGUGAAGCGGCGGUUGAUCAGCGCCCGUUGUGGAGGACGUGGUGGGUUAAUGUGCAGCGGUAUUGUAUUGGUAGCAUUUCGAUACUUUGGGAUGUGGUACAGGAGGUGUGGGACUCGGAUGGAUAUGAUGGCAUGCCUGGACCGCGGUGGAUGGCUGUGUUGAGGCGGAGUGGGAGGAGGGUUAUGAGUGGGGGUUGA